AUGGCAAAUAAUCAAUCACUUGCUGUUGGUUUAGCAGUUGGUAUACCUUCAUUUCUAAUAAUCACUAUUACUUUAUUUUUAUGGUAUAGAAAUCAACAAAAACAAAAUAGAGAAGAUAAUUUAAAUAAAGAAAUUGAUUUGGAAUUAAGAGAUGAUCAAUCAUUUAAUCAAUUUCAAGAAGAAUUACAUCGUAAAAAACAAUUUUUAAAACCUCCAAUUGGUGGAAAUGGUUCAGAAGGUGAUUUAGAUAAUGAUCAAAAUAAAUCUUAUUCAACUACUACUCAAAUUGAAUCAAGUUCAAAUAAUGAAAAAUUAUUUAAUGGUUCAUCAUCAAUUUCUUCAACUAGUGAUAAUACAAAUGUAAAUCAUACUAAUCAAUCAUCUUCAACACCUCCACCACCACUUCCAAAUGUUCCAUCAUCUCAACAAAUUUUACCAAAUACUCCUCCUUCAUUCUAUCAACCACCUCAAAGACCUCAAACUCCAAGUAAAAUUCAUCAAAAAUCGCCAUCAGCUUAUGAUUUUUAUGAAACUUUUAUUCCUGUAUUACCAUCAUCUCAACAUCAUAGUUCAUCUCAAACUGAUAUAAUUAAUGCCAUUAAUCAUACUAAUAAUAACUCAUCCGCUUUCCCUAAUCAUCCAAAUACUCCUCCUUCAUUCCAUAGACCAACUUCGAUACGACACUCAUCUUCUCAACUUGAUCAACAAUCAGCCAAUUCAUCAUCUAAUGCAAGUUUCAUCCAAUCACAAGGUCAACAACAACAACAACAACAACAACAACCACCAGCGUCAACCCUUGAAAGCUUUGCCAAACAAUUGAAUUCACCAACGUUCUUUGAAAAAUUACCAUCUAGAGCUGCUCCACCUCAAUUAAGUUUACAAAAACAAUUACAAAAAUCAAAUAAUAAUUCAAGCUCAGAUUUAUUAGUUAAUAAAUUAGUUGGUGAUGAAGCAGCCGCUAUUAAUGAUCAUUAUACUUUUGAACCUGAAUCAACUUAUCCAUCCCCUCAAUUCAACGAUAAUCAAUCAACUCCACAAGAUGAAGGUCAAACUAUUGCUGCUAUAAUUCGUCAAAAAUCUUUAAGAUCUCAUAAUCUUUCUAAUGAACAAAAUGGAAGAGAUUAA